UGCAUGCAUUACCAACGUAUAAAACUUUUAUCAUUGUAAUUUGUAUUAUAUUAAACAACAAUGACUUUACCUUUAUAUUAACAUGAGAUUAGUCAUAGGUUUCAGCUUGUUUUAUUAGAAGCACGGGAAGAAACAGAGGCACAGAGCAGGCAUUCGAGCAAAUCUCCUGGUAUGCUCUCAUUAGCUCUCUUUAACUCAUACAUAUCUUAUCCAUGUUUAGUAUUGUGAAUGAACUAUGAUCAUAUAAUACAUUAGUUCGAGAACAAAGAGUCGCCUGGCCAGGGCUAAUGCCUUGUCUUCUUGGCAGCUUCUAUCAUCCAGAUUAUUUCCUCAUUUUUCCUUGUAAUGCUUAGGUUUUAGUUUCUAUUUGCAUGCUAGGUUAGUCCCUUUGUUUCAUGCUAGGUCUGUUGUCUCUUUUGCAUGGGCUUGUGUAGUGCCUCUUCAGUGGUAUUGGUCUGAUGUACUCUGCUUUAUUUAAUGAAUUGAUUUGGCCAGAUUUAGCAAGAAAAAAUAUAUAAUACAUUAGUUCACAUCAGUCCAGCGUCGUUAUUUACCAUCGGUGAACAGCCUUGUAUAAAUGCAAAACUAUCAAGUUUCCCGUUGUAAUAUAGUUCGUAAAAUCUCUGCAAGUUUGUUUGUAAUGGAAGUUGCUUUUUAGCCAUAGCCUAUAGGCUAUAUGUAUUAUUACUGCUACAUGCUCCAUGUAUGACCAGAAAGAUGACCAGAAAGAUGGCAAGUUUGUCCUGUAUGCUGUAUAUAUGGAAUUUUAUGGCCUCGAUAAGUUUUUAUAAAAAUUAUCAAAGUUAUGAAAGUAUCUAAACCUACAUUUUUUUUUAUUACUGCACCUUAUACAUCGUUACUCCUCGGAUACUGCUUUACAAAUAUGACAAAUUUACUAGAACUUGCCUUAUUCAUGCAUAUUUACUUUAGUCAUCAUGCAUAUGACAAAUUCUUGUGGCUUGUUUUAUUUAUUUUAGAUACAAUAUGGCACACAACACAGAAAAACAAUCCACAGAGGAACCUAAGGAUACUGCUAAAACAAAGGCCAAAUGGACAAUGAAUACAACACAUAUUUUUUGUGAUGUUUGCAUAAGUGCCAUAAACAAGGGAUUGCGGCCUUCUACACAUUUUAAUUCAGAAGGAUGGAAAUUUGUUGUUUCCAACUUUCAAAAAUUAAGUGGACUAAAUUAUGAAAAACCAAAACUAAAAAAUAAGUGGGACUUAAUGAGGUCGGAGUGGAAACUUUGGAAAGAAUUAAUAGGCAAAGAAACUGGAUUGGGUUGGGAUCCAAGAUUAGAGACCGUGGAUGCGUCUCCCGAUUGGUGGAAAGCAAAAAUUCAGAUGAAUAAAGAGUAUGCUAGAUUUCAGAAGAAAGGAAUAGAUCCUGAUAUCGUCUCAAAAAAUGAUUUUAUGUUUGGAAGUACAGUUGCCACGGGAGAAUUUGCUUGGGCGCCUUCUUCAGAUGCAGAUGUACUAGCGAAAAAGGAUCAAAAUGAGGAUGAUAUUAUUAGUUUGAAUGAUUCUGCUGAUGAUCCACUACAAAAGAGCAUGGACAGAUUCUUACAAGAAGAUGAUAUAAAUUCAGAUGAUAACUCUAACAUUAAUAAGAAACGGAAGACACGCAAAAGAAAUAUUGAAUCUGAUCAGGGUACAAGUAUAAAUACAAAAGAUAAAGGUAAGAAACAGAGAAUGAGUGGCGCGUCAAAAUUACGGUCUGAUAUAUCAAAACUGGUGGAAACAGUUGAAAAGAGAAGUGGCAUCUCCGAAGUUGGUUGUACUAUAAAAGAAGUAAUGGAUGAUCUGCAUGCCAUUCCGGAUGUCCCUAAGAACACUGAAUUGUACUAUUUUGCUGUGACAAUGUUUGAACAGAAAGCAAAAAGGGAGCUAUGGAAACAUCUAGAGACAACAGAAGCUAAAGUUGGUUGGUUAAAAUAUCAAAAAGAACAACAAGACAUGAGGAAUUCGAAGUACUAAUUAAAUCUAGUUUUCUCAAGAUACUUUUAUUUACUUAAAUAUAUUUUAGGAGUUUCAGUUUUUAUGUUUAGCUUUAUUCCAUGACAUUGACAUUUGAUUUGGUGUGUGAUUUUUUUAUGAACUAUUCUAG